CCACACACAAUUCUUCCCCCCCUGGGAAUUGUGCGGCGGAGAAAGACAUGUCCGUCCAGGGAGGGGGUAGUGAUCAACCCCAUCUCUCUCUCUCUCUCUCUCUCUCUCUCUUUGUUUGUUUUUUGUUCUGGCCGUUCCGUCUACGUGCCGGGGGUGGCGCCUGAAGUCCAUUUAACCUCGACAUCUUUCCUCCGACCACACGGGCCUUGGCACAUCAUUGCCCGCAUCGCAUUCCGGGAGACUCUGAUAAGGUUACCGGGCGGGUUCCACGUUCCCGGCACGGCUCCGAAUCGACCGACUCCACUUCAAAGACCUUUGGGGAAAGCGUAUAAUCCAUGACCGGCUCCGCGGGCGGCCAUAACCGAGCGGCGGACGGGGAGGAGGAGAAGCACCCGUCCGACGCGUCGGCCGGAGCCCGCUUCCGGGUGAAGGCCGUCAAGGUCAUCAAGUUUGUGCUCGCGCAGUGGCUCGUCAUCGGGUUCGGAUUGAGCUGUGUGUUUGCGUAUCUCUUCCCGAACGUCGCGGCCAGGGGCGGUCCGAUCAGGUCCGAGUACUCCAUCAUCUACGGCGGCAUCGCCAUCAUCUUCCUCGUCAGCGGCCUGCAGCUCUCGCACGCCAAGCUGCGGCAGAACCUCACCAACUGGCGCCUGCACAUCAUCGUCCAGGGCAUCAGCUUCAUCGUCAUACCCGUGAUACUCCUAAUCAUCAUCCACAUCAUCAUCGCCGCCGGCGGCCUCCGCAACAACGUCUUGUCGACCCCGAUCAUCGUCGGCAUGGUCGUCGCAUCGUGCCUACCGACGACCAUCGCCUCCAACGUGGUCAUGACGCGCGCCUCGGGCGGCGACGAGGCGGCGGCCAUCAUCGAGGUCGUCAUCGGCAACGUCCUCGGCAGCUUCAUCUCCCCGGGCCUCAUCUACGGCUUCAUCCCCAAGACGCCCGAGUUCGCCGACUGGCAGCCCGCGAACCCGAGCACCCUCGGCGGCAUGUACGCCAACGUCCUUAAGCAGCUCGGCCUUAGCGUCCUGCUGCCGCUGGCCGUCGGCCAGGUCGUGCGGUGGUUCUGGGAGAAGCGCGUCGACUGGGCGCUACGGACGUUUUACCUCGCCAAGGUGUCGACCUUUUGUCUGAUUUUGCUCGUCUGGACAACCUUCUCGGCCGCCUUCAAGACGGGCGCGCUCUUCGUGACGCCGCACGCGUCCAUCAUCUUCAACGUCUUCAUGAACGUCGCCCUCUACAUGCUCUUCACCCUCAUCUGCUUCUACGCGGCGCGCCCGCCCCUCUCGGCGUGCGAGGCCGUCAACCCGCGCGUGGCGUCCCGCGCUGCGCCCGGGCUCCUGCGCCGCGCGCUGACGGUGCGCCAGCUGUCGCGCGAGCAGACCAUCGCUGUGUGCUUCUGCGGCGCCGCCAAGACGACGUCCCUCGGCAUCCCGCUGGCGACGGCCAUGUGGACGGCCUCGGACGACCUGACGAGGGCGCUGGUCCAGAUCCCCGUGCUGCUGUACACCAUCGAGCAGGUGUUCAUGGCGCAGAUCCUCGUCUACGUCUUCAAGUGGUAUCUGAGGAAGGCUGCCAAGGCGGAGGCGGAGGCGACGGAGGACGAGGAGGGCGGCGGCGGUGGUGGUGUUGGGGAUGCGGGGUCAGGGGUUGGGGUGUCUGCGGACGAGAGGAGAGAGGGGGAGGGGGAGAGAUAUUCGGGUAAUAUGGCUGGGAGCGGCGAGGGUGAGAAGCAGAGUGGCAAGGAAAAAGGGGAAGAGGGUGAUGUGGUGCCUGUGAAGACGGCAUGGCAAACAUGACGACGGCUGUCCGUGGACUGCUUGGAUAUAUGAGGGGCGCGUGGCGAUCAACGGAUGCCACUUAGACUUGGGUACGAUACUAUAAACCAACACUCCGUUGCUGGACACAUGGGAAGGUUUAUUCGACAAACACAAAAUGUACAACACCAGGUAUUCGCUGUCCGUCACCUACCCAAACUACUAAUUCGGCCCUCAAAGACACCACCACUAACAAUAGAAUCCGGUCUCC